AUGGAGGAGAAACAACUUAAGGGAGACCUGGUGGAGGUGGCGCGAAGCCUACGUGCCAAAUUCGAUGCUGAGAACGCCAAAGGUCCACCCUGCGAAGGAGUUCAGCCCAAGGAGAUAUUCAUGAUACGCAGUAAAAGAAGUAGGGAGGAACGGCGAGGCGAUCAAGUCAUUGUUAAACCGUCAGCACGCGCGCUCACGUUUUCCAUACAGGAUCCCCGGCCGGAUGGCUGGAAAGGUGACAACCCUAUGAUAAUACAGACAUCCAUCAAAGACGUGACUAUCCAUAGGGUCUUUGUCGACACCGGGAGUUCAGCAGACAUCAUCUAUGAGCAUUGUUUCCGGCUCCUUUCGGAUCGUUGGAAAGACAAUUUGCGACCUACAACGGGUAGGCUGGUGGGAUUCACCGGCCACAGCCUGUGGCCGUUGGGCACCAUCCACCUCCCCUUAACAGUCACUAGCCACGACAAGCAGCGGAAGAAGACUGCCCUGAUAGACUUUGUGGUCAUUCGACACUCGGCGGAGCACAACAUCAUCUUAGGGAGGACUGCCCUCUUGAAGUUAGGGGCCGUACCUUCAACCAUGUAUGGGAUCAUGAAAUUCGACACACCAAAAGGCGAAGCCACGAUUUUGGCCACCCCGCCCAGAGAAUUGCGGUUCUAUACAGUUAUGAAACCAGCAUAA